CCCUUAUUGCAGCCUCUCUCUCUCCACAAACAACCUGCCUACGGCACCUCUGUGCAUGCAGUGAUCACGACUGACGCCUCGUCCCCUCUCGUCACCUGUCUUCGAGUUGGAAUGCGCUCUAGGAAUGAGAUUGCUUCCCUCUUGAACUUGCAGUGACUGGAUCCCACACACUACUCGUGCCAUCCUCUCCAGCGAACCUCGACUUGCCCUCAUUCCCUCCUUUCGCCGUCGCCCCAAGGAAUCGAUCUGGUAGGAAGUUGUGAGGAGAAGGAACAAUACCAAGCACACAAAUCCCUGCAAGGAAGAAGGCUAGGCUGAUCCUCAUCCGCGACUGUCGUCUCGGCAUAGCCUUUCAUCCUCUGGACCAGUCUCUACAGCCGCUCCGUGAAGCGAUAUCACUCCAGGUUUCAGUGGAGAGAAACAUACUACCCAAACAUGGCACCCACAACCGGCACGGCCUCGAACCCGGCGAUGCGGGCACGAGACGAUCUUGAUUCUACGUGGACGUAUCUCGAGAAGAAUGUCAACAACGUAAUGACCAAGUUGCAAGAGGGUCUCGAUAUGAAGACAUACAUGGGCGUGUAUACCGCAGUGCACAAUUUCUGUACUUCGCAGAAGGCAGCCACGAAUCAAGGUCAGGCAGGCUCGCCAGGGACCUUAAGUCCCGUUCAUCGCGGCGCUCAUCUUCUCGGUGAAGAGCUUUACACUCUCCUUGGUCAAUAUCUCACGGCACAUCUCCGUGAUGUCUUAGCCGCCUCCGAAUCACACACAGACGAGGCACUCUUGGCUUUCUACAUUCGAGAAUGGAAACGUUAUACCGACGCUGCAAAAUACAACAACCACCUCUUCAGAUACCUAAAUCGACACUGGGUGAAGCGAGAAAUCGACGAAGGCAAGAAGAACGUCUACGAUGUCUACACUCUGCACCUGGUCAAGUGGAAGGAGGACUUCUUCAAGGCGGUGGAGGGCAAGGUCAUGGAUGCGGUCUUGAGACUGGUUGAGAAGCAGCGCAACGGCGAGACUAUUGAUCAGAUGCAGAUCAAGGCGAUUGUCGAUUCCUUUGUCUCGCUCGGCUUGGACGAGCUUGACAGCACCAAGUCCACCCUAGACGUCUAUCGCAUGUACUUCGAACGUCCAUUUAUUGCCGCCACCAAAGAAUACUACACCAAUGAAUCCCGACGGUUUGUGGCAGAGAACAGCGUCGUCGAAUACAUGAAGAAGGCGGAAGCAAGACUCGAAGAAGAGAAGGAGCGUGUAGGCCUCUACCUGCACCCCGACAUCAUGAAGAAACUCAUGGAAACGUGCAACGAAGCCCUCAUCAGUGCCCACUCCGUACUGCUGCGGGAUGAAUUUCAGGUGCUGCUCGACAACGAGCGUACGGAGGACCUUGCCCGGAUGUACAAACUCCUAUCCAGAAUUAAAGAUGGACUGGACCCUCUGAGAACCCGCUUUGAGAGCCAUGUCCGGAAAGCCGGUAUCGCAGCUGUUGAGAAAGUUGCGGCCCAAGGAGACGGCUUCGAACCCAAAGUCUAUGUCGACGCAUUGCUCGAAAUCCAUGGCAAAUAUCAACAACUCGUUAACGUCGCUUUUACCGGAGAGUCUGAGUUUGUGCGGUCGCUCGAUAAUGCUUGCCAGGAAUUUGUCAACCACAACCAAGUUUGCAAAACCAACUCGACUCGGUCACCCGAACUACUUGCCAAAUACGCUGAUCAACUCCUCAAGAAAGGCGCCAAGGCGGCCGACGAGUCUGAGCUUGAAGAACUCCUUGUACAAAUCAUGGUUGUGUUCAAAUACAUUGAGGACAAGGAUGUAUUCCAGAAGUUCUACUCCCGGAUGCUGGCCAAGCGUCUUGUGCACACAAGCUCUGUAUCAGACGAUGCGGAAACGAGCAUGAUCAGUAAACUGAAAGAGGCAUGUGGUUAUGAGUACACCAACAAGCUUCAGAGGAUGUUCCAAGACGUUCAAAUUUCCAAGGAUCUCAAUACUGCCUACAAAGACUGGCAUGACAAGAUUCUCGAGGACAGUGACGAGAAGAGGACCGUCGACUCCACAUUCCAAAUCUUGGGAACCGGUUUUUGGCCUCUCAAUGCUCCCAACACUCCAUUUGCCCCUCCUACCGAAAUUAACAAAGCCAUCGAGUCGUUUACCAGAUUCUACGACCAGAAACAUAAUGGCCGCAAGUUGACAUGGUUAUGGCAGUUGUGCAAAGGCGAAAUCCGAGCCAACUACAUCAAGAGUCAGAAAGUGCCAUACACCUUCCAAGUUUCGACCUACCAGAUGGCCAUCCUUCUUCUAUUUAACGAGUCGGACAAAUUGGAUUAUUCGGAGAUCAAAGAACUUACCAAGUUGACGGAUGAAACAAUUGAACCCGCAAUUGGCAUCCUGUGCAAAGCCCGCGUCUUGAACACGACACCGGAUGACGGCAAACCCGCGCCCGGCACUAGUUAUUCGCUGAACCACAACUUCAAGAACAAGAAGGUCAAGAUUAACCUGAACAUUACUGUCAAGUCCGAACAGAAGGUAGAGUCCGAAGACACUCACAAGACAAUUGAGGAGGACCGAAAACUGUUGCUCCAGGCUGUGAUCGUUCGUAUUAUGAAAGGUCGCAAAAAGCUCAAGCAUGUCCAUCUGGUUGAGGAAGUCAUCAACCAAGUCCGGAACCGGUUCCCCCCCAAGAUUUCCGAUAUUAAGAAAAACAUCGACGCCCUUAUGGAGAAAGACUACAUUGAACGUUUGGACAAUGAUGAAUUGGCUUACAUCGCAUGAGUCAUGCACUUGUUGUGCACGACGGCUCUCUCCUGAAAGGCGGAUCUAUUGGUUAUCCUCGGGCAGAGAAGACGUCCCUCUCGCUCAUUUUUCUUUCUUAUUGCAAAAUUCAGCCGGGGCAUUCAGCACUCGAUACGGGGUGAGUUAGGGCGAAUGGGACCGAGGGAUCUUUGACGGGUCCGUUGACGGAUGAAUCCACCUUAUCAAUGGGGUGGUAUGGAUAUCAGCAUUGCGUGGCGGUGCAGCGGAGUGCGUUGCUUUCUCUCUCAGUUUUCUCUUACGGUCAUCAGUCAAACUCCUACGAGCGUUCUUAAAGAGAGGACAAAGAAGACAGCUGAUGGGACAUGAAUUCGAUGGAAUGACUUGACGAUGCGUGCAUAUGAGCUCUUGAAAGUGUCCAUAAGUCGACAGGAAUAAAUGGGUCGGGACUAUGGGAAAGGCCUGGCGGAGGGUAUCAUGCGAGCAGUCGGUCUCAAAGGGCAACAACGGGCUUGUAACGGGGACGGUACUUAGUCUACGGUCGGUUGGUCGAGACAAGAAACGUUUGGUGCUGGUCAUGUUUUUGCGCAAAGAGGCCCCUUGACGAGCAGUAUGAUGAUGACAAUGCCAAAGAAGACUCUCUCGUUUAUCCAGGUCUCUAGCUCACAAGUAAUCUUGGUCUUCGCCAGAACGCCUGCUCUGUUC